AUGGACGUAAAGUGUCCUGGUUGUUUCAGUAUCACAACCGUAUUUAGUCAUGCUCAAACUGUCGUAUUGUGUGGUUCUUGUGCAAACGUUUUAUGCCAACCAACCGGAGGUCGUGCUCGUCUAACCGAAG